AUACUUUAUAACGAAAAUUCCUUUUCAAAAACAGAUCAUUUUAUCGGGAAUGACCUUCGAAUAUGUUUUUAAUGUUCUGCUGUUACGAAUUGUCACACAAUAAUGAAUGUAGUCACCAACGUGUGUAAUAAAAAACGAUGUGCAGCGUUCAAUUCAAAUGCUGACUUCUGCACCAACACCUCUGUGUGCGCGCCUGUGUGUGUAUGCGUGACAUUCACCCUAAAAUAGCGAGCUCAUUAUGUGAUCCCUGCUGCUGCCUCACACUGGCGCACAGUCGAACAACAGCAGUGUGCGAAACCGUACACAAAAGCGUAAAGGGCACAGCCGAAAAAAACGCAGGGUGUCCGCAGUACGGCGAAAACAGUAAGGUGUGUGCGGUUGUUGCGCGCAGUGCUCUUGUUUCUCUCGCGUUUGUGCGCUUCUGUUUCACCAGGCUUUGUGUGCGUGUUUAUGUGUGCGUGGUGUGCCGAAAUAGAAGCUAAAACAAUAGAGCAGUACGAGUGCGCGAAACGAGAAGCACGCACAUCCCCAUUGCGCUGUGUUUCUGCAGGAUUCUGCUAGCCUUUUUGCUUGUGGCCGUCACGAGGGGAAAGGUUUUGCAGUUUCGCUUAUGUUGGUACGAAAGUGAAAAAAAGUGGUUUACACCCUGCCCUACCGCUGCGCUAUUGGUUCGCGGAAAACAACCACCAGGAAGGAGGGGGGUUACACAACACGAAAACAGUGAAAGCGAGCGAACCAGUGAGUGAGUGAGAGUGAGAUGUGCGAUAGAAAAUGGUAGCAGCAGCAGCAGAUACGCCAAGAUUUGCCAGAGUUUUGUGUGUGUUUUUGAUAGUCCUUGUUAUGUCGACCAGCAAUAAAAGCGACAAUUAAGCGGCGGUGGCGUGUAUGUAGCUAAGAGAGCUUACCGCUACCCUAGUGCUACCCUUCAGCGUCCUACAGUGUGUGUCCCAGCACUUCCAUCCAAGUACACACCGAGCUGAAAGUGCAAACGAGGCUGUCGAGAAGAAAGAAUCCGCGCGCGUCCGCCCUAUAUGUUGGAGCAAGCGAAAGAGUUUUUGCAGAAAGCUUUAAUUAACGAAACGAGGUAAAUUAGAACGAGCAAACUCUCUUGCGUUACUGGCCCCCGCACAAAACACACACACCCACGCGAAAGGACGACACGCGGAAUGGCGAUAAGCAUCUUCGUCUGCGAGUGAAAUGGAACGAUAUUAGUUACACAUUGAGCGAGAACGAGUACUUCUAACAGCAGCAGCACUUGAACUGAUAAAUGAAGCGGCGAAGCGGUUUGAUUGAUUAAAGAUAUUUUUAUCAGCAAUCACAUCGUGAGAGACAUCGUGAGCAUCGCUCUGUGCCGUCGCCCGCGUGUGUGUGUCAUCUGGGCCGUGCGUGUGUGUGUCGUCCGUUGUCAUCGGGUGAGUGCUAAAUCCGUGAGGAACCGGGAAAACAGUUCCCCAAUCGCCGGCGAAAAACUACAGCAGCUCUGAAAAUAACCGCACACGGGGCGAGACACAAUGGGUGGCCCUAGAACGUCCAUCUUCCUGCGGCAGAAAAAGUUCCAGUUCGUGUUGGUUGCCGCCGUUGUCGUCUUCUUGAUAGUGCUGUUUCCCAACCUUUACGAUUCAGACAAAAAGCACGAAACCGAGGAAACGAAUGUCCUUACGCGGUUAGAUCUGCCACGGAGGAGCAAAAAAGGGUUUCCACACAAAGAAGACUACGAAAAGGAGUAUCCAUUGCUGUUGGAAAACGAGCAGCUAGUAAUUUGCUACGAAAGCAAUGUGGACUCGCGAAAGGCGCUGUACGCUGCCACCACCCUAUCCGAUGUCACGGACGAACCGAGCACUACGCAACGAAACCAUCGCCAGCAAGCUCCUCAACAGCAGCCGCAGCAGGUCAAUGGUACGGAGCCGGUGAUAUACUUUGUGACGCCGACCUACCCCAGGCGCGAGCAGAUCGCGGAAAUAAUUCGCCUCGGCCAGACGCUGAUGCACGUGCCGCGGUUGCACUGGAUCGUGGCGGACGACACGAAUAGUUGCAGCGAAGUGCUAAACAGUCACAUUAGGAAAUUCGGCAUACCCUACACGCAGCUCGCCAGCCCCAUGCCGACGAUGUACCGGGGACGGAAGAAUGCACCCCGCGGUGUCGCCAAUCGCCGGGCGGCCCUAAAUUGGAUCCGGCAAAAUCAGAAGAAAACGGGCGUCCUGUACUUUGGCGACGACGACAACACGUUCGAUCUGAAGCUGUUCAGCGAGAUUCGGUACACGAAGAAAGUGUCCAUGUUUCCGGUCGGUCUGAUUGGGGACUACGGUAUCAGUUCACCCAUCGUGCGAAACGGUCGCGUGGAGGGUUUCUUCGACUCGUGGCCCGCCAAGCGCAAGUGGCCGGUUGAUAUGGCCGGUUUCGCGGUCAGUCUCGAGUACCUGGCACUCAGCCCGAACGCAACGAUGCCGUUCAAGGCCGGCUACGAGGAGGACGAGUUUCUGAAGAGCAUCGGGCUGAAGCUGGAAGACAUCGAACCGAAGGCGCGGAACUGUACGGAAAUACUCGUGUGGCACACGCAGACGAAGAGCAGCAAAUCGCCAACCGUACGAAUCUCAAUGGAUAGGCAGAAGCUAGAUAAGCUGAAUCUUGGCGCACUGCUGCGGCGGCUGGAAAGCAUGGGAGUGAAUCAUAUCAGCGAAUCGGAAGGCACCACUGCGCAGGCCAUCGUGAAUGGCAGUGUGAAGCCGUUUUCGUUCUGGUUUAGCUAAUAAGUUAAAUCCUGUUGAUGGCUGCUAGAUCUACAAUAGUACGUAAAGUAGUUUAACAUAACUCACCAGCAACUGAACAAAGCCGCGUCAACAGCACGACAUACUUCUCCACUAUUUGAUUAGUUGCCAACAAUGUUUAUAAUUAUAAUUUCAAAAUGCUAUAUGCAAUCGACUCCGGUGCAAAACAAAAGCACUACCGCUUACAAUCGUACGAUUCGCGGGUAUUUCCUUGCCGUUCCUCAAUACCAAUUAAUAUCGAUCGAACCAAGAUCGAUAAACCAAGAUGAAUUUCAGUUGUUGAAGCAUUGUCACCCGAUAUAACUUGUGCAUAAUCUAUGGUUCUUUUGAAGAUCCCCCUUCCCUGCAGUCGGUUUGUAGCUUUAAAAGCUAACGAAUGAUUUAAGCCAAAUAUUGCGAAUAAGUUGUCCAAACCGCAUGACUGGACGCAAAUAAGGAGUGUCGCGAUUCUACUUCGCAACGUUGCAUCAAAGACAAACUCAAAAAUACAUCGCAAAGCGAAAUUACCAAUUGCAAACAAACGGUAACACUCAUUUUAUCCCUGUAGCAUAUGGGCGACUGGCCGAAAGUAUCCCAACUGCGACUAUAACCCCUACUACCCUUGUUUUAUAAAGUUGAUUUAACGUAUAGUCCCAUGUAAGCACACGAUAUUGAGUUAAAAUGAAGGAAACGGUUUACUUGUCCCGUCCAUGCAUUACUAAAUGUAUGGUAAUGUUAUUACGGUGAAUUAGAAAAGCUUACGUCCAAUCUUUUUUUUACUUUUUUAGUUGUUGUUAAAACGAACAAAUCAAUACUGCUAGGAGUCUUACCACGUUUACCAAGUGCACAAAUUGUGUUUACCAUUUACUUAAAAUUGAAACGUUUGUUGUGUAAACGCCAAUGCUUUUAAACGAACCAAUUUAAUGUGUAAAAUUCAAGAAUCCGGUUGUACGAAUUACUGUUUGAUAUUCGUGUGUAAAACAUACAAACAACAUCAUUAGUUUGUGUAGGUAGAAAUAUUUGAAACUUUCGCUCUAUUUUUUCCUUGCUGCUGUGUGUUGUUCAUGCAUGAAACGAAUCUUUCUCCUCAAACUUUGCACCUUCUACCGGAUACAUUCCUUUGCUGAGGAACUUAUUUAAAACGCAAAGUAAAACCGUUAAAGCAUACUCUCAAUGAUAAAUAACACUAGUCUCGCUCGCACUAGUAGCCUUCCAGCAUUCGCUCCGGACACAGCAUGAUUGCACAAAGGGAAGAACAAAACUACGUGUGUAUGGGAGGGAUAGAAUAGCUUUAGCUUUAGCCUAUAGGUUCCUUGUGAUAUUAGUUAAGCUUUUGGUGAGUACCGUAGUAUAUGUUAGAUUGGGUUUUUUCUACGCAUUGGCACAAAUACGAAGUGAAAAAGACAGAUUUAAUUAGCGUUUGACAAGGUGUACACAAUCACGUGGUGAAGGAUAAAACAGCAAGAGAUUAAGAAUCUGUACUGUAAAAUGUGCCACUGGAACUAUAGCGGUAGUGUUGCAUAAAGACAGGCUUAUCCCAUUAUUGCAUUAUUUCUUCCAAUGUAAACGAAAAAGUAGAGUUCGUUUAAAAUUAGCUUCGCUUGGAAUUGUUGUAUGGAUCGAGUGUUUUUUUUUUCACCUUACAAAUAAUUAGUAUAACCAUUGCCGCAAGAUCAACGAGACAGGCACACUUUAUAGUUAUCUGCCCAAAAAUCGUUUUUUUUUUUAAAUUAGAAAACAAAAUGCAUGUGUACAAAUGAUAUUCCUCGUUUGAUAUCAAUUCCAAUAGCUUAACCAUUUUUAACAAUGCUCCUCAUGGUUCAUGCUGUCCUUAAUGUAGAUACAAUUGAUUACCAGUUCUAUCAAACGACGUACCAUUACCAUUGCCCCUGCUGCACGGAUACAACAAAAGAACAAAGCAAAAAAUCGAAUCGAUGAAAAAUGCAAAAUACAAAAAAAAAAAUAAAGGCAGUAAAGGACAACAUUGUAUAAAACGCUGCUAGCUAGAUCGUAAACUUUUGAUAAUUUGGAUAUUUAAUAUCAAGUGAUGUUGAUGGAAAUUAGACGAAAAUAAAACAUUGGUACUGCAAAGGAAAAGA